AUGGUAAUCCAACACAUAUUUAAAUUCUUUCGGAGAGUGCUUCUAAAGACAAAGUUCUCGCAUCAUUUGGAAAUGGAUGUUAAGAACUUGGUGAAGGAGGGGCGGGCAGAGGUGUUGUAUCCAUCCUACGUUUUCUACAACCCCGUCCAAGAAUUCAACAGAGACUUGACCAUUGCAGUCAUUUCUGAGUAUGCAAAAGACAAACUUAAGAUCUCAAAACAGGAAAACAAAUCUCAGGUCAAAAUUGAGGGAAAGCAAGAUGAACAUAUGCAGGACAACAAAACUGAUGCAGUUCCAGGGGAAGAGGAAACAUUAGUAGCUGGAAAGUAUUAUGACAAAGGACUUAGAAUUUUUGAGGGACUUUCAGCUUCGGGACUACGCUCAGUCCGAUUUGGGUUAGAAAUUCCAGGUGUCAAAGAGAUUGUUGCUAAUGAUUUUGACAAAUCUGCAGUGGAAAUCAUCAACAAAAACAUAGAAUUGAACAAAAUGGAACAUUUGAUCAGAGCCAGCUGUGGAGAUGCAGCCAUGGUGAUGUAUCAGAAUCGAGAUAAAGAGAAAAGAUUUGAUGUAAUUGACCUUGACCCAUAUGGCAGUCCCCAUCUAUUUUUAGAUGCAGCUGUGCAGGCUGUAAGUGAUGGGGGAUUGCUCUGCAUUACUUGUACUGAUGCUGCUGUUUUGUGUGGGAAUUCCCCUGAAACCUGUCACUCUAAAUACGGCAGUGUCUCCCUGAGAUCUAAGUACUGCCACGAGAUGGCGCUGAGAAUCAUACUGAGAAGUGUAGAGUCUCACGCAAACCGGUACUCCCGCUACACAGAACCUCUGCUUUCUGUCAGCGUGGACUUCUAUUUUAGGGUUUUCGUAAGAGUGUAUAGUGGUCAGGGAAAAGUCAAGCGGUCACUCAGUAAGCUGUCUACGGUGUAUCACUGUGUAGGAUGUGGUUCCUUCCACCUACAGCGAAUGGGACACAUGAUCCCCACCAGUGGAGUGGGCAAUUACAAGUACACUGCAGGAAAUGGCCCAGCUGUGAAGGAGACCUGUGAUAACUGUGGCUUCAGAUACAAUGUAGGGGGCCCGGUGUGGGCGGAGGAAAUGCACUGCCCAGACUUUAUACAGAGGGUGAUAGACAGUGUGGAGAAAGAAAAAGAGAGAUUUCAUACAGCAAAGAGAAUUGUGGGAAUGCUGAGUGUGAUUAAGGAAGAACUGCAUGACGUACCGUUUUACUAUACAACAGAUGGACUUUGUGGUGUGUUACAUUGUGAAAUGUUGAGCUUCCCAGCAUUGAGAUCAGCAUUUCUGAAUGCAGGCCAUAGAGUCUCCCUUUCACACUGCGACAAGGACUCAAUCAAAACAGAUGCCCCGUCUUCCUUUGUGUGGGAUGUAAUGAGAGCAUGGACAAAACAAAAACCAGUGAAAGAGCGCCAUCUACAGGACAACACGCCUUGUAAAGCCAUUCUCUGUAAACCAUGCAGCAGUGAAGUGUCAUUUGAGCUUCAUCCCAACUCCAUCCCAGAAUCCAGAUUGAAAGGUUUAACACGGUGGCAGGCCAACCCUCAAAAGAACUGGGGGCCCAAGCCAAGAGCCAAGAGACAAACUCAGGGGAAGAAUGACGGCAACACUAGCGAGAAGAAGAAAAAGACCAAUCAGGAGACUGUGAAAACUGAUUUGAAUGGGAAGAAAGACAACAGAUCUUGCAGAUAUUUUCAGAAGGGACAUUGCCGUCUGGGGGAUUCCUGUAAAUUAGAACACUGAUGGAUCAGCUGAACUGCCAUUAUAAAUAAAUGGAUUUUAUAAUGGUUUGUACUGUGGAACAAUUAUGAUAGAUUUUAAAUGUACAAAGAAGGAAAACAAUGUAAAUAAAAUAUGGAUGUGA